UGCAAACUUUCCAAUUCCUAUUUUCAGCUUUGUCCAUCCAAAUUCCAUAACUUUAAACCCCUCAAACAUUAUUAAAAACCCAAAAUCACUCAACCACCAAUUCCUCCUAUUUUCUUGAUGUUUUUUUUUAAAAAAAAAAAAUAAGGCAUAGUUGUUAUUGUUCUAUUUUCUUCGAAACUCAAAUCACUCAAUCCCCAAUUACUUCUAUUUUCUUGAAGCUCUUGUAAUUUUGAAAAAAUUCAUUCCACUUGUUUCAGAUUGAGGCGUAGUUAUUAUUGUUCCAUUUUCUUGAAAACCUAAAUCACUUAACCCCCAAUUACUUCUAUUUUUUGAAUUUUUGAAAAGAUCCACCUUCGCUUGUUUGAGACUGAGACGUAGUUUUAUUGUUCCAUUUUCUUGAAUACUCAAAUCACUCAACCCCCAAUUACUUCUAUUUUUUUAAAAGAUCGACCUCCCCUUGUUGACGUAGUUAUUAUUGUUCCAUUUUUCUUGAAAACUCAAAUUACUCAACAAGCUCCUAAUUUUCUUGAAAAGAAGGACGACAACUUGUUUGGGACUGAAUCGUAAUUAUUGUUGUCCUAUUUUCUAGAAGAAAAAAUAGAUAUGAACAAGAAGAAUUGUGAGUUGUGUGAGAAAAACAAGGCAAAAAUGUAUUGUGAAUCAGAUCAAGCAAGUCUAUGUUGGGAUUGUGAUACAAAAGUUCAUUGUGCUAAUUUUCUUGUAGCUAAACAUUCAAGAAAUCUCCUUUGUAAUUCAUGUCAAUCACUAACUCCUUGGUCAGCUUCUGGUCCAAAACUUUCACCUACAUUUUCCCUCUGCAAUUCUUGUCUUGAAAAUACCUCGGCUGCUGCCGCCGUUCAUUUGCAGAACCAAAAUGAUGAACGAGUUGAAGAAAAUUAUGAAACAGAAACUGAUGAAGAUGAAGAAUAUGAAAGUGAGAGUGAUUUUGAUGAUGAAUAUGGUGAUGAUAAUGAAGAUACUGAGAAUCAAGUUGUUCCUUUGUCGUCUUCUCCGUCAAUUUCUUCUUCUUCUACCGGCAGUUAUGGAGAUUUAUCUGCCGGAGACGGCGGUGACACGGCGGCUGUUUCUUCUCCGUGGAAGAAGCGAUUAAGGGAAAGUGAUGGCCUCCAUUCAGAGGAUGAAGAGGCUUGCUCCUCGGAUUUGAACUACAACAAUUUAUUGGAAGAUAAUAAGGGGACAUCUUCUUCAAUUGGAUUCUUGAGACCACUAAAAUUGCUUCGGACAAAUGUAUUGUCUUAAGAUUUCAACAAAAUAUGGAUUCUCAUUAGCAGGGUUGAGAGCUAGGAAUUUGAGUUUAUGGUUUUGGAUUAAUUUAUUUAUUACGUUUAAGUUGGAUUUCUUGAUUAAAAAUAUUUUCAGUUCCUGAUUUUGCCUUACAGA